GCUGCACCUGUACCCAGGGCAGGGGAGAGGAUGCAGGGAUUGAGGAAACCGCCUCACCUUUCUUCCCAGUGUUUAGAGAUCCCUCUGGUGGUGUCUGGGCUAAGCGUUGCGCUAGGGUGCGGUGAGCAUCCUGCCCGGGUUUGCAGGGCUAGGAUUCCUCCUCCCCACUGGCGAUCACAUGGUGCAAAAGUGGGUGGCCCUCCGGGAGCGGGGAAUUGGUCCCAUCCUAGGGUUUUCCGCCCACCUGUAAACUGUUGUGGACCCAGAACCUGUGCAAAUAAGCUCCCUUGGGAAGGAGAGAAGCUUGCCCGGCUGGUGUGUGUCAGUUUCUCUGCCUGUCUGCUGGUCCGAGAUCGAUCGCUCCGUGGGUCAGAGACAAAGCAGGUCAUGGAGACAGCAGCGAGGUUCAGGAGCUGCCUGGCUGCAGGGUUGUUACGGAACCAAGUGGCUAUCGUCACUGGCGGCGGCACAGGCAUUGGCAAGGCUAUAGCCGCCGAGCUGCUCCACCUAGAGUGUAAUGUAGUUAUUGCCUCUCGUAAAUUCGAUAGAUUAAAAUCUACAGCAGAAGAGUUGAAUGCUGACCGCCUGCUCUCCAACUCAGCCAUUGUUACUCCCAUGCAGUGCAAUAUUCGAAAAGAAGAAGAGGUUAACAAUUUGGUUAAAUCUACCUUAGAUCUCCAUGGUAAGAUCAAUUUCCUGGUGAAUAAUGGAGGAGGCCAAUUCUUAUCCUCUGCUGAAGACAUCACUUCAAAGGGAUGGAAUGCUGUGGUUGAAACCAACCUGACUGGCACCUUCUACCUUUGCAAAGCAGUUUACAAGUCCUGGAUGAAGGAUCAUGGAGGGUCUAUUGUGAACAUCAUUACCACAUUAAAAAAUGGAUUUCCUAGAGCUGCGCACAGUGGAGCAGCAAGAGCUGGUGUUGAAAAUAUGACCAAAACUUUGGCAGUGGAAUGGGCCUCCCAUGGAAUAAGAAUCAAUUGUAUCAGUCCUGGAGUAAUUUAUUCCCCAACUGCCUUUGGCAACUAUGAAGAAGUUGAAGAGACCUUGGAACAAUUCUAUCAACAUUGCCUAGCUAAGAGAUUUGGUGUUCCUGAAGAGAUCUCUUCUGUUGUGUGUUUCCUGUUGUCUCCUGCAGCCUCAUAUAUUACAGGACACACGGUGGUUGUCGAUGGUGGUUAUACUUUGUAUUCCAAAUCAUUUGACAUACCAGACCACGACAACUGGCCUGAUGGACUAUGGGACCUUUCUACAGUCAAAAGAAUUAAAGCUUCCCAUAAGGAGAAAUCCAAACUUUAAACUGAGGGAAGUAAGAAAAUGAGAUCUUUGCUACUUUCAACUGAAGAAUGAAUUUCAAAUGAAGAACAGCAUUUUCUGGGAAUUUGUGCUUUUUAUGGAAAGUUGCUUGAUGCUUUUAAAAAAUUAUAUCUCAGCACAAAGUAUGACUUCAAAGACUUUAAAAACAUGCCUUGACUUGUAGGUUUUUAAAUUUUUAAAAUGUUGAUGGAGAUGACUAAAAAAUUAGAAAAAAUGUAAACCUCAAGUGAUCACCUCCCCUGCCUUCUAUUUCUAUUCUCCUUUGCCUAUAUUCAAGUGAGGAAUAUAUGGAAAGAUAAAAAGUGUACUCGUUUAUGGUGCAUCACCCCUUUGAGCAGUCGAAUGAAGAAAAAAAAUUUAAGAAUGACUGAUGGUGGUGUUCUUCUUAGCUCUAUUGUGGAGCCCAAUAAAUGAGAGCACAAGUCUGGAUAGUGAUAGGAUUGUGGAAUUUGCAAGCACAUUUACACAACUCAAUAAUUUUAGGGUGGCAGUGUCUGCUUUCUUUGUGUCAAUAAACAUUAUUUUUAAAAA